UCUUCAAACUCUAAAAAUAAACUGUCAAAAAUAUUGUUUAAAUGAAUGAUUUUAUGUGGAACUUUCUAUGAGAAACAUGUGGCCAUUACUGUUGGAUAGCAGUGAGGAAGAAUGUAUGAAAACGUUACGACGUCUAGAAUUAGAGGCUUAUGGAUGUUUGGUGUCUGCGUUACGAGCCCAAGGUGGACUUACAUCAGAAAAAUUGAAAAUAUUAAAAGACACUGCAUCCGCUUUGCAUAUUACACCAGAGCGUCAUCGAGCUGAAAUUCGCCGAGCUGUUAAUGAUGAACAACUUUGUACAAUCGCACAAUUUGCUGAGGGACCAGACACUUAUGCCGAAUGGUCAGUUGAGGGAAGACGAAAAGUACGUUUGGUGCCUCGCGUUGUACCUCAAACAGCUUUUUUAGCUGUUGCACGGCGUGUUGCUGAUGUUGCACAAGCUGAUAAUGCAAAAAUGCCAUGGCCAGCUGCAACUGCCCGUCCGCCUCCAAUACCAAAAGUACAAACAACAUCAGCACAGAUCAAAUAUGAUCAUGAAGAUCGAAUACCUAAAAAACGUCGUCGAUUAUCUGAUGACAGUUUACCAUCUGCUUCACAAUCAUCAUCGCUACAAGCUUCUCAAUCGAUUGUGUUUGCGACACAAUCACCAGGACAACAAAAACAUCACCGUAUUCAAAAGCAUGGCAUUAGUAAAAUACAACAAAUGUAUAAAAAUCAGAGUCGUUUAGCUACAUCAACAUUACAGCGACAACAAUCCUCAUCUUCAACAGCUGUAUCUCAUCAGGAAAUUAUUAUGCCUCCACCACGUACGACAAUUAAAACAAUUCCACCUGUCAAACAAAAUAAAACAACGGAAAUUUUAGAAAAAAAUCCCCAAGUUACUACUUCUGCAGCGGCUACGGCAAUAUCAACUCCUAUAACAGCAAAAGUAAUUCAUCAGAAUAAGAGUUUAAUAAAAAUUUCCACCCAGAAUCCUACAACUCAUCAAAAACUUGUCAUUGUAAGCGCGUCUCAACCGAUUAAUUCGAAUAUUAUCCAUCAAACUUCUUCUGGUGGAGGUGGAAGCACUAAUAAAAUUAUAACAACGCCAAUUAAUACAAUUAAAAUUAAGACAACUGUUGGUGGAACUGUAGCCACCAUUGCAGGAGGUAGUGGUGAUGAUCUGGAAUUAAAAUGCUCAAAAAUAACAAAUCAACAAGUGAUUGUUUCUAAAUCACAAUUAACACCACUGCAAACAAUACAUCAUGGACAUCAUACACAUGUAUCAGUUGCUGGAGGGGAUACGAAAUCAAAAGUUUUAACUGUACAAGCAAAGGUGCGUCCACAGGGCUCCAUUAUUGUACCGUUACAGAGUCAAACUGCAACAUCCAGUGGACAAUUUGCUGGUGUUAGUGUACCUGUUUUACAAGGUGUACAAUGGAAAGCGAUACAGGGUAAAUCAACUGUAAAAUUGCUCCCAUUAUCUGGUAACGCUAAAAUUAUUCAAAAACAAGGUGGUACAGUGGGCUCAGCCCCAAUAUAUGUAAUGAGUAAACCAAGUAAUAUAUUAGUGAAUAAAACAAAUGAUGCAGAAUCAACGAAAACGACCUUAAGUAACAUUACACAUAUACGACCGUUAACACAAAAGUCAGAUGACGCAACUUCUCUGGGUUCAACUGGAGGUAGCGGUAAAUUAUUAGUUGUACGAAAGGCAACACCAAUACAAACUACCACUGGGUCAUCCCCAACGGGUUCGUCUUCAAUUGUAAACGUUGUUUCUAGUAACGAACAAUCUAAAAGUGAAGAUGAUGUUAAAGAACCAACAUCAUCUUCAGACCAACAGAGAAAAUCUACUGUGUUACAAGAUGCGCUACGUGCUUCAGGUGUAACAGCUGUUGAUGAUGACAUUGAGUCACAAAUAUCACAAUAUACAGUUAUACCAAAAACUAAAACGUGGACAUCUGAUACAACAACAAUAAUAGAUCAUCAUUCUCAUAAUCUUGCGUUACAAUCAACUACUUCUGCACAAUCUUCUUCCAUUUCCACUCAAUCUACACUGCCCAUCGUGAGUGCAACUAAAUCUAUACAAAAUAUUCAAUUACAAGAUACGAAAUUUUUAACACUUGAGGAAGCAGUUGCUAUCUUAGGUGAUAAUAGUGAAACCCGUGCAAUAUUGAGUCAUUUGCAAGUGGAUUCCUCAAAUCAAACAACCGCAGCCACCGAUCAUGGUCAGUUAGAUCCACAAACUGGUAUCUAUUCACCAACACCCACAAAUAACUCAUCUACAUCAGCAAUUUCUUCAUCAUCAAUCAUAACCUCAACAUCAACUGUCAAUGUUGUAUCAAAACAAACAAAUGAACAACGUUUAGAUAUAUUUAAUACAGCAUUAGUAUCAGCUGAUAUACAACUGGAUACAGUUGGUGGGGAUAGUGGUGGGGAUGAGAUAAUAACAACAUCAAAUAAUAUUGAGGAACAAAAUUCAUCAACUGAUGAAUUUUAUACUGAUGAUAAUGUAAUUAUUGAUACUACGCAGCUAUGUCCAACAGAAUUAAUGCAAACUGAGGAUGUUGUAGUGACGACAACAAGUGAUGAAACAACUACAUCACUCACUGAUAAACAGUUAACUGAUAUAUUAACAGGUGACGAUACUAGUGAUAAUAACGAUACAGAUGAUAAUACAAAUAGAUAAUUAUUUAUAAAUUUAAUAAGUAGAUAGGGAAUAAUGUAAUUUAUUCGAUGAACGGGAAGGGCUAGGUUUUUUUGAAAUCGAAGAAGGAACAGUAACCAUGUUUGGAAAAAAUAUGAGUGUCUCGAUAGACUGUCAGAAAAAUAAACCAUUGCUUGAGGGCUGUUUAUAUGUCCCCUAUCAUAUGCAGACUGUAAGAAAUCGACUGUAAAAAUGAUAUCGAUCGCCCUCUAGUUAAAAGACAAAUGAAACAUUAUGCCUGUAAUUGAAUACAGAAUUAACUUAUCAGUUUUCUAUUUUUUAAUUUAUACUGAUUUCAUUUUCUAGAAUUUUUUUAAAUAUUC